AUGAAGAAGAUUCCAAUGUGGAGGAAAGCGAUUCAGAAUAAGGUCGCAGCUUUAUACUUGCUCAGAUUCAUAAGAGUGCGUGAGUUUAAAAGAAAACUAUUGGACAUUCUUAAUUACUUUAGAUCCAUAGAAAAACGCCUUUAUUUUGACCAUAUUGGAUAUUUAGCAACAACCGAAAAUGCCAGUUCAAGUUUUAUUAGAAAAUUUUUCGUUUCUUCUGACGAUUUAGAAAAACUUGCUUCUACCGACUCUCUUCCUCUUAAUGCAACCUUCAGAGAUGAUAAAUAUUCUCUUCAUUUGAAGCGGGAUGUGGUAGUGAGAGAUGCAAAUGGACUUAAAAUUAUGUAUGAUGCUGCUCUAAAAGAUUAUGAAUUGCUAGAAGAACGUCUACUCAAAAUUGGAUCGUACUUUAUUGAAAAAAACUUGUCAUCUUUUCCUAAACUUCAAGUUGACAGAUUUGUGGUUCUUGAAGGAUUACUCGAAAGUGAAACAUGGUUCCAAGACUCUAAGCGUAAAGUCAUUGAUUGUUACAUGGAAGCGUAUGAACAUUGUUACGAACCAAAGGAACAAUUACGCUUGGCAAGCGCAAUCAUGCAAAUUAUGAAAAAAACUCCAAAGUUUAAUUUAGAAAGCCACUAUUUUUCCGAAAGUUAUGCGUCAGAAAUUAUUUGCUUAGAAUUAUAUCAUAGUUUACUGAAAGACAUUCUCAAGGAGCAAAUUAGGGAUGAAAAAGAUUAUCUUUCAUUCAUAUACGAAGCAAUUGAUCCGUCAACCGAAAGAAGUGGAUUUCCAGAUAAUGUAACUUUGGAUAACUUUGCACAAACAGAGCUCUUUCCUGGAUCCUCUAAAGUGGGAUUUCUUGAUUUUUAUACAUCAACAAGCAUCAUUGGUCGGAUUCAUGAACAUCUAGAAAAAGCUGUUAACAAUAUUACAAACUCAUUUAAAUUUAAGAAUGUUUUGUCUUUGAAUGCUGUACGACGAUCUGUCUUGCAGCAACUGAUAGUGGAAUGGAAAUUAAUUGCUAAGGAGGAAAAGAUCCAAAAGGCAAUUAAAAGUAAAUUAUCAGAAGAACGAUCUGCAAUUGAAGAUACCAACAUUUUAGAAGAUCCCAAUGAGUUGAUAUUUUUAUUGAACACUGUAAUAGACACAGAGAAAAUGCCAAAGCAUAAUACCGAUGAUCAAGAAAACAUGAUCACAAGAGAUACGGAAGGAGGAUUCUCCAUGGCAGAGAAAGACUCUAUACCGCUCCAAUACUUUUCGAAUUUAGUUGAAAUGAUCACCAUCUGGAAACAUUUAACAAAAGAACUGUUGGAAACAGACAUUCUGACCGCUAUCUUUAAUUCACAAGCCACUCUUGUUGGUACAGCACAACAGUCAAUGAACUCAGCCCUUGGACCUCUCAACUUUGACACCAAGGAUGCUUUGAAUGAUUCUCAGCACUCAUUCCCUGAAAUGAAAACACAGUACCUUACCAACUUGGCGAUCGUCGAGUUCGAUAGCUCAAUGGCAGAAGCCAAUUUCAACUCUUUUGAUGGCAUCAAACGAUUAGUUGGAUUAGUCGGACUGUUCGAGUUGAGACAUCUGUAUCAAUAUCAAAUGCUGCAAAAAAUUCUCUACGAAACCGCUGUAAAAUAUAAUCAGACGCCGCUCGACGAUUAUUAUGUGGCCCAAGAAAAGAAAGAAUUCUUUGUGACAUCAAUGAACACUCAAAAUGACACAUCUCAAUAUAUAACAAAGGAGGUUCUUCAGGAGUUAUUCUUGACAUUCAAUAACAUGAAAAUACCCAUACGUCAAAGAAUCCUAAAGGAAUACCAAAAGUUGUCCGAAGGUAUUAUCAAAAGCAAGCGAGCGAAUGUAGUUAGAAAAUAUCUAAGAGAUCUCAAAUUCAGACUUUCUGCGAGUUUUUGUACAUCAAUGCUGUCGACUAUUCAACCUUAUAUUUUAAAAUGCGAUAUUAUCGAUGUAGUUAGAGAGCUUAGAGCUACAUUAGGCGCCGUCUCAGUUGGCAGUGGAUUUUUGAUUGGUAAACCAGAUCACAACGUUCAAAUUUCAUCACACGGCGUAGUCUCGAAGAACAAAGAUGAUCAUGCAAACAAAUGCGUUAUGGCAAAAGAUGGAGAGGUUGUGAAUGUUACCUAUGUUCCUCACUUUAUUCAAAUAAUGAGAACUUCUUUCAUUCAGGCCAACGAGGAGGAAAACACAAUGACAGACAAUUUCUAUAACUUAUUGCAAAUAUUACAACGUACCUUCAUCAUUUUGAAAUUUUGGGCGAUCAGUAUUCAAGCAACUGCAAAAUUGUAUGAUAUUAUCAUCAAUGAAGGAUAUGGAUUGGAAAAAGGUUUAGAAACCUAUUGCAAGUCUUUGACUUCGGAGCUUGAACACUUGAGACAGCCAGAAAAUCCAGCCUCCGUUAUUAGUUAUUUGACAUUGAAAUGUGAAACUCUACUUUUAAAAUAUAUUCUUAUUCUGGACAACUUGAAACAUAAAUUAAGAAAGGAAGGAAUGAGAUCGUGUAUGAUUGCUGAGAAUUAUUUACAAAGUAUUACCCAUGAACCCAUAGAAGACAACCUUUCAGAAUCAGAUGUAUAUGUUAUUUCUCCAAAGCAUCUCGAUCAAGAAAAAAGAGAAAAAUAUACGGGACUCGAUGCGAGUAACCAAAAUAUAUUACCUCUCAAAUGCUUAAACAAUCUACUAUUAGAGUUGCAUGAUUCUGAGAGAAAUUACUUUUCUGCUGAAGAUGCAAAUGUCACUUUGUACAUGGAAGAGUUGUUGACUGAAGAAAAAGUUUAUCCUAACAGCAUGCCUGAGCAAGCUGUCAAGAUGCAAUUUGAUUUUUUGAAGACAUCUGUGUUGAUGUACAAGCUGAGGGACUAUUUUUUAGACCUUAGCUGCAAUGGAUCAAAAUUAAUGUUGCAAGAUGAGGCAAAAAUGGAAGACUUGUACAAUCACAUUAUUUUCAAAAAAGCCAAAAGAAUUUAUGAGAAACAGCUGAAAGGACUCAUUUCAACCUUAGAGCAAAAAUCAACAAAUGACAUCUAUGAUAUGGCUAUUCAACAAAAGGCAAAGAAGAAAAAAGAAAAAGAUCUUAGAGACAAGCAAGUGUCUAUAUUGUUUCAAGAAAUCUCUAAACUUCUCAUUUCCAAGUCUAUACAAGAUAUGAAAGAAACAUAUGCAAUUCUCAAGAAAGAGCUUCAUGAAAUGGAACAGCCACCAUUGCAUACUGAGAAAGAUUCAUUCGAAGAUUCGAAAGUACAGAUAUUUCAUUCAUUUUUGAAUAGGAUUUUGACAAAUGCUGGAAAAACUAGCUCCAAGAAUGGAGAAGCUCAAGUAACGAUCAAUGAAAAGGACCUAGAGAAAGCGUUGGAGGAAGUUGGACAGAAAAUUCAAGAGUGGAAGACUGAGUACAUUAGAUUUUUAGAGUAUAAAUCAUAUGAGGUGAUUGACCACUUGAAACGAAGUCUAUUCACAUCAGAGCAAAAAGUCAAAUUUUUACUCUACAAGAGAGAUGUAGACAGAAAAUCAUUGAAGCGCAGAAUUGACGCGGAAGUGGAUGACAAAAAUUAUGAUUUGGUGUUUCUCGUGAAUAAUAUACUGUGGAAAAAUAAGGAACUCGAACAUCAGCUAAAGGAGGUAAAAUCGCAAGUUCGAAAUGAAUUAAUUCAUGAAUAUGAGGACCUUGUUAGAAACUUGUACAAGGAGCUCGUUUCAACAAAUGGCAAAGUUGCAAAAUUCAAAAAAGAUUUUCUUCAAAAUCUUGAUCAACGGUUUUAUGAAGUACGUGAGAACACAUUUUUCGAAAUUGCCACGCAGAAAGAUAUUGGAGAUGCCUCAUUCAAAAAGAAGGCGCUCGAAGUAGCCAUGGAAGAUAGCGAAUUGAACAAGUUGAGACGAGAGAAUGAAGAUCUUAAAGUACAGCAUACACAAGAAAAAGAGGAUGAAGCUCUCAAGGAUUUCUAUGCCAGUAAAUAUGAAGUUGGGCUCAGAGAAAAUCAAUUGAGACAAGAAUUAUUGAAAACACAACAACAGCUCAGUAACGCAGAGAUGGAAGUUGAGCAAUUACGAAAAGAUCUUCAACUUCAAAUCAAGAACAAACAAAAAUUAGUGAAUUGGAAAGUUAAAAAUGCACAAUUACUGGAAGAGUUAGAGGAGAAGGUUGAAAAGUAUGAAAGAUGGAGUCACACCAAUGUGGAUAAACUUUUACUCGAGCUUGAAGAAAAGAAGAGAGAAGCAGGACAUUAUGAAAAGUUGAAGGAGCGUAUGAAAGAAAAAACCAAUGCCAUCGAUUUCAAGAAUCAAAAGACCAUUGAAACUCUGAAAAAGAAAUUAGCAAAAGAACAAGCCAUGAAAUCCAAACUCAUGGAACAGCUCGAAAGCAUGAAAGAAAAUUAUGAAGAAUCCUCCUGGCAAGCGAAAUAUUGGCAACUCAUGAAUGAAUUGCAACAAGUUCAAAAAGAAAACGCCUCUCUCAAAAUCAUGCUCGAAACAAAGACCUCUUUCACUGAGCCGAAUGUGGAUUCUGAACUUGAAAAUCCACCCAUCGUCAAUUUGGACGGUAACAAUGCUGUGGUUCAUACCACUCCCUCACCUCCAAGCUCUGGAAGAAAGACGGCCUCUCCCUCCACUCUAUUGAGGCCAAUAUCUGAGGGAGACACUCCUGCUGCCAUGUUUCUCAUUGAGAAUGCACCAAAGAAGAGGCCUUCCACAGGAGCCGUUCGAGCUAGAGCUGCAAAUAAUAACAACAAUGCGCAGAACCAAACAUCCACCAUCAUUCAACAACAACUUCAACAAUUCAAGAAAGUCAUGACUCAAUCCAAUGCGAGCAGUAUUACCAAUCAAUCCACUCCGAGCGCACGACCUCUCACAGUGCUUCCUACGUAUGGAAAGGGUAUGUUUGGAGGAAUGCCAUUGCAGCAAAAACGAAGAGCCAUGUCUGCAGGAACCAAAACUCGAAAGCAUCAGUCCCAACCUUCAACCACCACCACCACCACAGCUUACACCUCACCUACGACGAACAUGGUCUCUGAAUAA